AUGUCGUCUACUACGCACUUGGCAAACCCUCUCACUGUUCUUAGCACAGAUGUGUUAAUCGUCGGCGGUGGCCCUGUGCGCCUGUUUACUGCCUAUCAGCUGGGAAUGCUGGGAGUGAAUACUAUUCUUGUUGAGAGAAACCAUUUCACGACCAAAUUUCCCAAGAUGGACCUCACCCACGAACGGACGAUGGAGAUAUAUCGAAAAGUUGGCCUUGCCUCCCUUUUGAGAUCAAGCGGUGUACCAAUGACACACGGCUUUAACGAAAUCUAUGCAACAGGGCUAGGCAGAGAUAGCCACCACAUGGCCCAAAUUUAUGUCAUUGGUUGCGACGGCGCAGGAAGUAGGAUUCGAGGCGCAGUUGGCAUUGAAACGCAAAAGGAAGGGAUGCCACUUAAUAUGCUAUUGAUUCACUUUAUAUCAAAUGACACAGCGAAGAUAUCGAAGCAUGGCCAGUUUUGGCACCUUUACAUAGGAAACGGAGCUGUGGUUAUAAACCAAGACGGCAAAAACACCUUUACAAUGCAGAUUCCCGUUACCACCGAUAACGAUCUUAAAGAAGGCGACAAUGUCGAAGAAUUUAUCAACAGGAAACUUGGGGGCUGGGGACAGCCCUCCGACGUCAAAGUAGACGAAGUUUGUGUAAUCAGUCGAUGGGAAGCUGCUGUCGCUCUUGCAGACUCCUUUCGAUCGGUAAAUGGGAGAGUAUUUCUUUGCGGAGACUCUGCUCAUCGUCUUACGCCUGCUGGCGGUCACGGUCUGAACUCGGGUAUCAAUGUCGUCUUCAAUCUGACCUGGAAGCUUGCCGCAAACGUACAUGGUUGGGGAGGAGAGGCCCUCUUAGCAUCGUACAGCAAGGAGCGCAGAUCUGCGGCGGAGCUAAAUAUCGACAUGGUUCGGAAAGCGAUGGCGGAAAUUGUGAUUCCCCGAUUCGGCAGCAUUUCAAAAGACGAACAAGAGAAGCUCGUUGCCGAUUCAGAAGAAGGACGUGAGGCGCGACGCUUAAUGGCGGAAAAAUUCAUGCUUGGAGACUGGCUUCAUAAGCAGCUGGGCAUCACGCUGGGCCAUCGGUACAGAGACACUCCGGUUAUCAUUAAUGAUACGUCUUCUGCGGAACCUCGUCAGUCCGAUCUUUGUGGACCGAGCUUCACUAUUGUUGACUUCACAACAUCGGGUGAACAGUCGGACAAAUUUUCUGCUACUGCAGAGGAGUUGCAAAUUCCUCUAAAAAAGGUUCAUCUUCCGGAUGAAACUCACUGCAGAAUGAUAUGGGAGCGAGACGUAGUUCUGGUGCGUCCUGACUUGUUCGUUGCUUGGAGGUCUUCCAGCUAUGAGGUGGCUGAAGAAAAGAUCAAUAUCAAAGAUAUCCUCUUAAAGGUCGUUGGAAAAGCAUAA